GUUUGCAGAAAAAUACUGUAGAAAUAUUUUAAUGAAGAUUUUAUAAUAAAUAAAGGAAAAGCAUGAUAUUGAAGCAAUAUAUCACAGUAAUAGAUUUGACAGUCACAAAGCUAAAAAAUAUAAUUUUGAAAAUAUGAAUCGCAUAGCAAACUGUGUAUUUUGUCAAAUAUGCGAAGGAACUGCUCCAAGUAACACCAUAUUUAAAAAUGAAAAUUUUAUAGUAUUUGCCUGCCGAACACAAGCAACUAAACAUCACUAUUUAGUUUGUCCAAUUCAGCAUAUAAAUGAUGCAAAGUCACUAGUACCUGGCCAAGAAACUCUUGUCGAAGAAAUGUAUAAAAUAGCAAAGCAAAUAGUUAUCGACAAGGGGGAAAAUCUGAAUGAAGCAAGAUUUGGUUUUCAUUGGCCACCCUUCCAUAGCAUAUCACAUUUGCAUUUACAUAUUUUGGCUCCUGUUGACGGUUUAAGAUUUUUUCAUAGGCUUAUUUACAAACCGAACAGCAUGUGGUUUGUGUCACCAGAAUAUGUGAUAACAUGGCUGAAAACUCAUAGGGCAAUUGGAAAUGAAGAAACUUCAUCCAACUAA